AAAUUUUGAAAAGUGCUAUGAAUAACUUAAGUAUUGAUGGUAUUAAUAUAAUAUUUAAUCAUUCAAAUGUCUCUCCAGAAAAUUUUGGAAUACUUCUAAGAUAUAUUUAUGGAGGAAAUAUAGAAUUAACAAAUUAUGAUAUACCAGAAAUUUUAAACAUUUUAAUGGUAGCAGAUAAAUUAGGUCUUACAGAUUUAUGUGAUUAUAUUCAAGAUCAACUUUUGGAUUCUAAGAAAGAACUCUUAAAACAAAAUUUCGUUUUUGUGAAUAGGACAUCUCUAUCUUAUGGCUUUGAAAAAUUAUCAACAUUCUGCAAUGAAGUUUUAAAACAAGAACCUAAAAUUAUUUUUC